UACAAUCAUUUUUAUCGCCAUCGCAAAAUUCCAAUCUCAAUCUUCUCUAGCUAGCUACCCGGCCAGAACGAUCUCUCCUUCAUUGUCUCCGCCGCGCGCCACCGCGAACGGUACCGGAAACAACCAGUCUGCUGCACAUGGGAGAUCAUCAUCCGAAAUCGCCGAGGACAACAAAUUUUCACAACAUCCUUGGGAUCUCCAGGACCGCAACACUUGUCGACAUUUGCAAAGCGUACAAAUGCCUUGUUCGGAAAUGGCAUCCUGAUCGGAAUAGCCUCAACAGGGAUGAAGCUCAGGCCAAGUUCACCUCCAUUAAUGAAGCCUAUAGGGCUCUUAGUAUGAAAAAGAGAGAAGAAGCAGGCGGUGGCUCGUCGGACGGGGAAGAGCAAAUGACACCGAAAAACUCGGAGCAGAAAUCGCCGAAAAUAUCGGAUCUAGAGGAGGAUGAUCAAGAGUUCGUGAUUUCCAGCCCCACGCUCCUGUCACGCACCACCAGCCGAAUCGCGCCGGAAGUUAGCCGGAAAAUGUCGCAGAGCGCCAGCCGGAGGAGCAGGACGGCGACGCGGCAGGAUUUUUAUACGCAUCUACAGAGAACGACGUCGACAUCUUGCGGAGGAAACACAUCUUCGUCGAUGCCUACUACCCCGACGGGGGAGCCGAGCCUUCAGUCCAUUUUAACUGGCAAAAAAACUAGCACGCCGAUUAUCUACUCGCAGUCGAUUGCUCGGAGAAAACCGCAGCCGGUGGAGAUGAAGCUGGAGUGCACGCUGGAGGAGCUGUGCCAUGGACGAGUUAAGGUGGCUAAGAUUACAAGAGAGGUCAUUUCAAGCUCUGGGCUAAUUGUUCGAGAGGAGGAGUAUGUAACAAUAGUAGUGCAGCCAGGGUGGAAAAAGGGGACAAGGAUUACAUUUGAAGGGAAGGGAGAUGAGAGGCCAGGCAUGCUCCCAGCCGAUGUAAUCUUCACGAUUGAAGAAAAGAUACACCCUGUGUUCAAGAGGGAAGGUGAUGAUUUAGAGCUAGGAGUUGAGAUCCCUUUAGUGCAAGCUCUCACCGGCUGCACAAUAACAGUGCCCUUAUUGGGAGAUGAGAGCAUGACUCUGGAAUUGGAUGACAUCAUUUAUCCUGGAUAUGAAAUGACUAUCCCUGGCCAAGGCAUGCCUAAACCCAAGGAUCUUGAAGGCCAAGGCAUGCCUAAACCCAAGGAUCUUGAAGGCCAGAGAGGAGACCUUCUGCUCAAGUUUCUGGUCGAGUUUCCUACAGAUUUGAGUGAUGAACAGAGAGCAGAAGCUGCAAGAAUACUACAAGAUUGUUCCUGAUGAGGAUAUUCUCAUUAUUCCCCCGGGGGACAUAAAGGUUAGAAUCCCAAAGGAUAUAAUUUUUAUUGGGGAAAUGGAUAGGGUGGGGGUUGAAGUAUACUGUACAUAUCCAUGGUAGUUUUAUCUAGGCAGAAGUAUAAAUGUGAUGUAUAAUACUAUAAUCAUCUAACAGACAUUGUAUGCACAGAAAAGAUGAGGGAUAAUUGAAAAGGAUAGGGGAUUUUUAGGAAA